AACCAGGCAGCCCACGCCUUGAAAAGCGGCUUGUUCCGGCUUGCCCCUUUACAUCUUUUUAUCCUUGCUCACAACAUUAAAAUAGUGCCGCCCCUCUGACAAUUACGCACAAGCAUUUUUUUGUUGAACCGUCGAAGAGUGAACAGAACCGCGUCUCGGGCAGAGUAUGCAAGAUGCGUAUAGCGGUACAGCGGCUCUCCGCCCGCGCGGCCCCGUCGUGAGUCUGGUGAGGCGCAGUUCGGGCACCAUCACCGGCGGAGCGAUACCACCAUCUCCUCCCAGCCCCGUUAGUCAAACCAAGAGUGUGUGGCCCACCGUACCUAAGUGAACGUGUCCGUCAUGUACUAUCGAAAAGGGGGGCAGAGGAUCCAAACCGGACCAAGAGACCUGCCUCCAAUGCCCUGAUGCAGAGACAUCUCGCGUCAAUAAUUAUUUCCCUGGGCUUGCUGCUCCGAUUGUUUUGCAACUGAUGAAGAUUUUUUUUAUUUGUAUUAUUUUGAUGCGCUUCUGUGGAUGAAUAUGUUUAUUCUGGUGCUCAUGGUGUAGUGCGUGAGGUAAGUGACUUAUCCAGAGGUGCGCGCUACUUUCUCCUGCUCUUCCAAUCGAGAUUUUGUUUGUUGUGUGCAAAAGCCUUUGACAUUUCAAUGUCAGACUAGGACUGUUUUUUAUUUUGUCGUUUUCCCUUCUUGAAAAUGAGAUAUCAUUAGCAACAGAUUUCAGAAAGGCUAUUAUUAGACCUGGAACUAUUCGGCCACCAGCUCAUCAUCAAUUCCUGCAACUGGUGCAAAUGGAAUUUUAUAAGAAGGCUGGUUGUAUUAAGAUGAUGAGCCCAUAGCAUAUGACCAGAUGCGGGUGCAAACCAGGGUUUUCUGGAAAGAGUUGAGGCAGUCAUUGCAUGUUGUAAAGCAACAUGCAAAUGGUAGAUAAUGCUGCUGCAAUGGUGAAGACUAGUUGAUGUUACCCCACGCCUGAUGAUAGGCAUUUGCACAAAUGUGAUAUUUAUGCAGGAACACCACUUUUGCUCUCAAAGUGACUCCUGAGCUACAGCAGAGCUGUUUCCAAGUUCAAGUUGUUGCAUAUUAUUGACUGUAGCCUUCAGUCAGUGUGCAGCAGCCUGUCACGCUGGAGGCUACUCUAUAACCUGCUGAUUUGCAACUGGAAAGCAACCUGAUACUCUGACAAUAUUAUCCAAGGCUGCAACAAACUAAGGUUGCUUAACUCUUGGAUGCUCCCGUCAGUGCAGCCACAUCUCGCAGGCGUAAUAAAGUAGGCCUCUAUUUUGUGUGCUGUAUAAUACAGCAGCUUGUGAGCUGUAUGGUUGCCCUGCCUACCAUCCACACACUGUGAUGACAGGCCUAAUGAAUAAAUAAUCCCACAGACCCACAUACGGUACGCUCACAAACAAGCGAGCAGACAUGAAAACAACUGUAGUAAUCCUGUAAUGAAUAAUGGAACAAAACAUUCCUUUCAAAAAGACUAGCUGCUCUUGCACCAUCAUAACCUUGAGCUGCCAUACAAAAACACAAUUCAAAAUGAUGGGUACGAUAGUGCCAAAAUAUGAUAUGUUUGUCACUGCAGACUGCAUAUGCAUUAGUGUGUUGUUACUUCCAGUGUACUGUCUACUGGAGUGGGUUCGCCGGUCUUUAAAAAGAUUAACAAGCAUCAUCAGUGCUAAAGUUGAACCUUCAUUAUUUACCCGCUUGCUGUGGUUAUUAUUGGUAAGUAUUUCUUUCACUGUAAAGCCAAUAAGCGCUGCCUCCUACUGAGUUUUUGUGCCUGUAAACACAAAUCCGAUUUCAUUUGUUUCACUUUGUUGUCAACACGAAUGCGUUUUAGGACUCAAUUUAAAGUCGUCUUAUCUUGUUUUACUUUAAACUGAGUUUUUCAGAAUAUAUUUGUUCACAAAUGUAGUGGGUUUGAAGUUUCAGUCUUGCUGUGCAUUACCCACAAAUGUGUACCCUGAAGGCUGUGUUGAAGGCUCUGCAAUUGAGUUUAUGUUAAAACUUUAAGUGUAGCUUAUGCUGUGGAGGGGGUUUUAAAAGGUCAUGAACACAAAACACAAAAAAAGUGAAUCAUGACAAAUAUAAAAACAUUUUGCAUUACAGAAACAGUCUCAUUAAAACAGUGUGUGUGAGUAUUUCUCAAAAUGAGUAUAUUGGAGUAGUAAUUACAGCAGUACUGUUUUUAGUUACUGAAUGAGACCUUUUUGUUGUGCUGAUGUAGUGACAGUUACUUAGUUUUUGGGAAGUUUUUGUAUAUUCAGACUGCAGGCAAAAGUGGCCCACAUCAGCUUUUUUUGUGCAUAUGUGAAUCAGAUCUGGGUUUUUUCAUAACAGUGUGAACACCACAAAUGACAUGGAAUCGGAUGUUUUUAAUUCUGAUUGGGGACACUUUCAUAUGUGGUCCUAAAUGAGAUACAGGUCUUGAUUUUUUUUGCAAUGCGACCUCAGUCUGAACAGCAAUAUCGGAAUUCUAGCGACUUUUACGUCAGUCUAUGUCAACAUUCGUCACAAUCCUGCGCUGGCAGGAGUCCCUCGGUCAAUACCAACAUGGAAGACAGCUUUAAUGAAGGUAGACAGUGGAAGGGCGGUGAUUGCUAUCACCCGGUCACUAAUUAGCUGGUUUCCACACCCGUCAAUUUAUACAUGAAACAGUAAAUGUUGACUUUAGGGGCCUCCUUGUUUACUUCCAACAGCGUGCUGCGUUGGACGUCUUUGUUGUUGGUCUUUUGCAGGAGCGGGUUGGUUCAGGACUGUGACCAGUUCACACUGGGAUCUGAUACUGGCCACAAUAAUGUAAACAGCCAAACCAAAAAAAUUGGAUCUGAGCAGGAAGGCUUGCAGUAUGAACACUAUAUUUUAUAGAUCUGUGUCUCUGAUGAAAACACCACCCUGGGUUUACUGAUCCACUGAAACACACACACACACACAUAUACACACACACACACACACACACACUACAUAGAAUGUUCUAGCUCACGGUGACAGUGAGGAGUCCUCAUAUUACUUCAGAUCGCUUUCCUUCAGGUCCCACUCAUGUUCUGUGGCAGUGUGUGUGUGUGUGUGUGUGGCCAUGUAUCCAUUUAUUAGUUCCUAUUUGUGUGUGUGUGUGUGUGUGUGUGUGCAUGUGUAGCAGAACAGUUUUUGGACGCUACGAGCAUGACCGUUUGUCCCUCAGAUGAUGCUCAACAACCCUGAGACAGCUCAUCCCUCAUUGCUGCUACUGGUUGUUGUGGAUCCAUAAACUGGUCAAACGUCUAACUUUCAGAUUAUUUAGUUGACAUCUCCUUGCAUUUAUUUGGUAGUUGAUAAUCGAGAUUGGCCGGAGAGAGAAAAAGGGGGAUGACAUGCAACACAGAUCCUCAUGUCAGAAUGUGUCUUAGAUCACCAGCGCAUGACGAGGCCCCAAACUUAAAGCUGUCAGAGCUAAUGUAAGAUGUCAGUUUGUCAAACACAUCAUAACAGCUUAAUAAGACCUUACCCUGCACGAGGGUGUGUACCACUUAGAUGAGCCUCUUAUUGGCCGGCUGCUGUAUUCAGCUUCCUUCUGCUCUCCCUUUCAGUUGCGUUGCUGUUUUCAAAGUCCCUGUUUCUAUGGGAAACAGCCAUGACAAGGACUAACAAGCUGCAUGCUCACGACAUGCUAAUGAAAACUGUGUUAUUGUCGCACAAUAGCCAUGUGAAAGACUUUUCCCUCCUAGCAUGAUAUUUUACAGGCGCUGUAGGGAUCUUAGCCUGUACCAGAGUCCACCUGAUUUAUUUCUAUCCAACCUUUCGCCGGCAAUGUGAGAACAUCAACCUUUACCCUUAAGUUAACCUGACCUUAACUCAACAGGAAGGCUCAUCACAUAUCUAAAACAAAGUCCAAAUCUAAUUAAGACUGGAAAACUGAAGAAGGGCCAACCUCAGUGCUCUUAAAAAAACACUCCCUCAAAACAAUCUUUCUCUUUAUGUCUCUCCUUCUCUGUGAGACACGCCAAAGGAAACUCCAGAUGCCCUCCCCCACACAGCGGGGGCCAAGCGAGGACUCACUGUCCCAGAUGAUAGCUCGCCAACUGUUGGCUGUAAAGACACAAUGUACUUCUCGUCCUCCGCUCAGUAGAGUGAGGCGCUCAACAGGCCACUACAAGCAAAUUACGGCCUAUAGUCUACUGAGCCUUCAUUCAACAAUUUUAGGGAUACUUUGCUCUUAAAAAUGGACACUGAAUGUGCUGCAUCUUUUUGUUGUACGCUUCAAGUUUUCCUACAUCACAAACCACUGUAGGCGAAUUGGAGGCAUGAACAAGUCUGGAAAAAUAUAAACAGAGCUCACAGGUUGAUUUCCUCAUUUUUAAAUAAGUGAGGGAGGGAAGCCUAAUGAGGAAGUUAUGGUUUUCUGUGACAACACAACAUGCCCACUUCUUCCCCCUUGUCACAAGACCAGAUUUAGUCAUGACCGUGGUGGCUUUUUGUGUGUGUGUGCCAUGCUUGCAUACAUAUACACAAGUAGUGAUCCAUUCAUGCAAGUAAUGGAAGUCGUGUGUACAUCAUGAUAUUAUGGACUCCCCAUGUGCUUUGAGGUACUUAUGUCAUCAAUCUAAUUGUGGUGUGACAGUGCACAGGCUUGUUUCCAGUCAUGCCUGCAGGAAUCAUUUCUGCACAUAGCAAGAUGCCAGACCUGUAUUCUGCCACGGUCCGUCUGUAAAACAAUAAAAACAGGAUGUAGCAGUUGCUCAGAGCAGGAACAGAUGGCUGUCAACGUGACUACAGCCAGUGACUCGUGGUGAACAGUUGCCCCCAGAGCUUGCACCACCACCUAAUCCGUUCACACACAGAGAAAGGGAGUUUUAUCCAGGCUCACGCGCGCCAAGAUAAAACACCAUUAUCCAUCGAUCGUCUCCAAACUCGCCACUGAGCCCAUUUCAUCGCACGAGCGCUAUCUCACUCAAUAGCCGUAAUCGGUCUUAUAUUUGGGCUCCUCGCAGAAGGAGAUAUGACGCGCGAGGAUAGCGGCGCUGUCCACGCGGUCAGGUGGGUUCCUCGGGGACCGCGCUCUGCGGGCAGUGUGGGAGUCAUCGUCGGCGCUGGCAAGCAGGAGCUGUUGUCGGGGCUCGUUGGCAUGCAUUCCCCCUGAGCUCGGCGACGCCUCCCUCGGUGGUGUGGUGGCAGGAUGCCAGUGCAGGCGGCCCAGUGGACCGAGUUUCUGUCCUGUCCCAUCUGCUACAAUGAGUUUGACAGCAGCGGCCACCAGCCCAUCAGCCUGGGCUGCUCCCACACGGUGUGUAAGACCUGCCUGCACAAACUGCACCGCAAGGCCUGCCCCUUCGAUCAGACACCAAUCAGCACUGAAAUCGACCUGCUGCCGGUCAACUGUGCCCUGCUGCAGCUGGUCGGAGCUCAGGUCCCAGAUGUGCAACAGGUGAGCCUGAGCAGCGCAGCAGAAGUUGAGAACUACGAGGUGUGCAAGGUGUGCGUGGAAGAGCUGGCUCUCUACCUAAAACCUAUCAGCGGAGCGAAAGGUGUGGCGACUCUGAGUCCAAGCGUGCUCAGUCGGCCAAUGCAGAGGAAGCUGGUGACCUUGGUGAACUGCCAGCUGGUGGAGGAAGAGGGCCGUGUGCGGGCGGUGCGGGCAGGCCGGUCGCUGGGGGAACGAACCGUAACCGAGCUCAUCCUGCAGCACCAGAACCCCCAGCAGCUCUCUGCCAACCUGUGGGCAGCGGUGAGGGCGCGGGGCUGCCAGUUCCUGGGACCUGCUAUGCAAGAAGAUGCUCUGAAGCUAGUUUUACUGGCUCUGGAGGACGGCUCAGCUUUGUCCAGGAAGGUGUUGGUUUUGUUCGUGGUCCAAAAGCUCGAGGCUCGGUUCCCCCAGGCCUCCAAAACCAGCAUAGGGCACGUGGUGCAGCUUCUCUACAGGGCCUCCUGCUUCAAGGUCACUAAGCGUGAUGAAGACUCCUCGCUGAUGCAGCUGAAAGAAGAGUUUCGAACGUAUGAGGCUCUCCGGAGAGAACAUGACGCUCAGAUCGUCCACAUCGCCAUGGAGGCGGGCCUGCGAAUUUCACCCGAGCAGUGGUCUUCUCUGCUGUACGGAGACCUGGUCCACAAGUCACAUAUGCAGUCCAUUAUUGACAAGUUGCAGUCUCCAGAGUCCUUUGCAAAGAGCGUUCAGGAGCUAACGAUCGUUCUGCAGAGGACAGGAGACCCCGCCAACCUCACAAGCCUUAGACCACAUCUCGAGCUGCUAGCCAACAUAGACCACAACCCAGAUGCCCCGGCACCUUCAUGGGAGGAGCUGGAAAGUGUGAUGCUGGCUGUGAAGUUGGUGGUUCACGGACUAGUGGAAUUCAUACAGAACUUCAGCAAGAAGAGCCACGAUGCUCCGCAGCCUCAGGCCAACAGCAAGUACAAGACCAGCAUGUGUCGAGACCUUCGUCAGCAAGGAGGCUGUCCGAGAGGAACCAACUGUACAUUUGCACACACACAGGAUGAGCUUGAGAAAUUUAGACUGAGAAACAAGAAGAGCAGCAGCGUGGGCCGCACAUUCCCGUUAUCACCGGGGGUUAUGGGUAAAACUUUCACCAUGGAGGGCAGCAUCCACACAGACGUGUCUACAGACAUGGGGCAGGGGCUCAAAGGCACAGGAGAGAACACGGACUCCUUGACAGAAGGAGUGUCCGGCCUGACUCACCCCCAACUGAUCUCCAGAGGGGCUGACAUGAUGGAGGAAAUGAGCAGAGCGGUGCCAAAUGUAUCCAAUGCGGCUAACGGCUCCAACGGGCUAUCUACCCGAAACACAUCGGGGUCAACUGAACAGAAGCCCAUCUCACCUCCCAGGACUCCAGUCAGCCACUCCUCAACGUCAUCUCCCUUGACAACAGUCGGGCGGGUUGAUGUGGGCGCUCCAAUGCCCAAACAUGGUCAGUUCAUGCUGCGUGCACCGCAUCCUUCUCAGGCGUCAGAGCUGUACUAUCAGGAGCCCCACUCUGCAUAUGACACGCCCCAUUAUCAACCAGCCUCAGGUUCGUACUACCAAUCUACUCUUCAUCCUCCUCACAAACCCUGCAUGGCUCGCUUCCUUCGAUCCUCCAACGUGCCAGAAUCCUCUCUGCCGCCCUCCAUCGGCAAUCCGCCGUCUUCCUACCCCGGUGACCCUCAAGCGCCACACCCACCUUCCUCCUCUUCUUCAGGGUACCCGCCACACCCGCCUAGAGAUCGGAUGGGACCUCCUGCCUUCCAUCACCACCCGGGGCAGCCUCAAUAUGGGCCUCUGGCUCCUGCUCAUGGUGUUUAUGCUCCCCUCUAUGACAGCAGGAGAGUAUGGAGGCCUCAGCUGUACCAUAGAGAGGAUGCCAGGAGUAACUCACUGCCUCCAGAGGUGCUGCAUUCCUCUGUCUACCAGCCUCCACUCAGGGAGAGAUUCAACUCUCUAGACAGCAACUACUGCUCUGGAGCUGAACACCGUGCCGGCCUACACAGGGAUUAUGGCCGCGUUCCUCUCGGCUACGAGGAUCUGUUCAGAAGGAAGCAGGAGCAGUGGGCUCAUCAUCAUCAUCAUCAUCACCAUCACAACACCAACAGGCCCUCCCAGUCCUCCCCCAUCUUCACCAUCGAUUUUGCAACUGAGCAUGUGGAGAGCAGUGGAGGCCAGUGUGUGGGGUGCAGGUUCAGAGGCGAGGAAAGCUUAGCACACUACUCUCCGUGGUCCUGUGGUACCAUCGGCCCUUGUCUCAGCCCCUUCGAGCCCGAAACGCUCGCACACACCUCGACUCACUCCUGCUCAGAGCACUCGGUGAGACUCUUCCCACAUCCACAAUUGGACAGUAACGGAGGUGGAGGAGGCGGCAUCAGUGGCAGCGGUAGUGGUGUCGGGAAGCGAUGGCUGCAUUCGUUGGAUCAUUACCGGCGAUUGAAAGACGAGGACCCGAUCAUUCCCUUUAGUGAGGGGCCCAUUAUUUCCAAGUGGGGUGCCAUUUCCAGGGCAUCUCGCACGGGCUACCACACCACCGACCCAAUCCAAGCCACGGCCUGCCAGGGCAGCGCCAAUACCACACCCAUCAAUUUUAAAGAUUACAACCACCACUUGGAUCACAGCGACUACAGGUGGAGCUCCAGAGGAUCAGACUCCUCCAGUCACUCCAGUUUCCUAGAGAGUGAGCAGCUUUGUGCAUCAGCGCUUCACUGCCGGCGAACUUCGAUAAGCAGUGGAGAGAAAAUCGUGUCUGAUCUGCAAGCCCUUCAAACUGUCGCCUACAGCCGGGACCGGGGCCGGGCCGAAAGCGAACCGGACCCGGAACGAGACAUUGAGCUUGAACUGUGUGCUCUUGACUUGGAGGAUUCAGACCACCAGGAGAUCAAGUCUCAGGAGUCUUUAGACCUGGCCACCCCACAGUCUCAGGAUGCUUCCCACCUCCUCUCACCACUCUGCUCCUCUCCCCUUCUCUCCUCUCCUGUGGAGGAGCGUCCCCGCACAGAGAAGCGUCCUUUGACAGAAAAGGUGGACACUCACCUGCUGAAAAAGAUGGCCUUCAGGAAGUCACUGUCUCCUGGAGGGUUGGUCUCGGGAGGUCUGGGCGUCAGCAGGCUUGUGCUGCGUACUGGACCUCCUCGACUGGGGGACACUCCGACCCGGGCCUGUCCGGAAACGCCCGGGACAGAGAUGCUGCUGAAUGGAAGCUAAGGGGACACAAAGUCAGACUCUGACCUGCGCUACGUUAGAGCUGAGUCGCUUGCCCACAACCACAUCAUGGUUAAAGGGAAUACCAUUUAAUUCCAGCCUUCAUAUAUGUCAAUCAUAUACCUAAAUAAAACUAGACAGAUAUGGGUCAACAGUCUGUGCUGCGCCACGUCGUAAGGGGCAAGAGAAAACACAUUGUCCUGCCUCCCAAGUGGGGAUUUUCCCACAGUGUACAGUUCGACACAGAAUUUAGUGAUUCACUGUUUAACCUAAUAAAUCACACGACCAGUUUGCCCUAACAGUAGAUGCUGAACUUGACAUGAGUGAGGUUUACACAUCAUCUAGUUUGGUGUCAUUCAACACAGCUGACAGCAAAAGCUUAUUUAAUAGGUGUCGCUUUUUAAGUUUACUUCAGAUUUUUUUUAACUCUCUGUUAAUCUUUUCCUUUAGUAAUUCUUUCGUGGAUUGACUAAGAUCCUAACAUACCAAAUUCUGUCUCGGUCCCAAUACUGAGGUUGGGAAUGUGGGAUAAUGAAUACAAGUAAUUUAGUACAGAAAAUGAUAUUUUUUUAUAAUGUGAUGAAUAUAAUUGCUCUGUAGCUUGUGUCUGUUUACACCAAGGCAGGUGAUGGUUGAGAGACACUUAGCUAUCCAAAGCUACAUUAAACAAAACAGUGAUUAUUUAUUACUUUUUGCCCACUUUUGAAUAUCUGACAAAUAUAUUUCAUGUCUUGCUAUCUCAUUACAUGUUACAUGGUAAUGUCCUCACUCAGCUCAAUGCCACCCCAUUUAGUGUAUAGCCUCUGCUGUAUUGUUGCGUAAAUAAGUACUCCUUGAAAAAUGACGAGAUAGACGUUAUGAUGGUAAGAAUAAAAGGGCAGGGCACUCCAAACAGCCUAGAAAUAUACAAACUGCAGAAAACAGAGGUCUUCACUAUGCUGCCACUGUUUUAUGAGUCUUAUGUUGACUCUGAAUUCCUUUGACUGUCAUGAGAUCACAGAACCUGAUGGUGUGCAUGAUAAUUCAUCACUGGAGGACAAAUGAUCACUGGAGGUCAGGAGGGAUGACAACAAAACUAAGAUGUGUGAUCCUUUUUUUGUCCAUAUCAUACUAUUAUAGUAUUCUUGAGUGUCUAAUACUGCAUAACUAAAGAAUACCCAUUACUAAUUUACAACAGAAAUUGUAUUUUCAACUGGAGCUAAUUUAGUAGAUUUCUAUACAAGCCACUUGAACUCACAAUCGAUCUUAAAACAACUUUUGUUUCAUCUUUGCGUGCCUGUAGUGGUUUAAUCCUCCUGACUGUAAGCUAGGAACAGUCUCACUGGUCUCUCUCUCUCUCUCACACACACACACACACAGUACGUGUGCUGUCAUUCACGCACAGUAGAUACAAACAUGCAAGACAGUGGCCUUCCUCUUCUUUGUGUUAUACAGACCUAAACAUUGAGCUCUGCAAUGACUUUUCUCCAUGCCCACUGACAGACUCCUUUCCUGUUCCAGAGGUGUUAUCUUUCACGUAAACCUCAUCUCAGAAACUGGAAGUCACGUUUUUGUAAGCUCGUGGCAUUUUCUGCGCUUUCCAGUCCGGUCACCUCUACGUACAACGUAAACAAUAUUUAGAGGUUGUGCAUGAUGUUUCAAGUGGACACCACUUCCUGUGUUUUGUCGCGUUGUCUUUGUUUAACUUUUUGAAAAUGUUCGGUUUCUUUUAUUUGAUGCAUUGCUAACUUCUGUGAAGUUGUAUGUUGAGGUAUUUUGUAUCAGGAUCUUUGUUACUCUUGUUUUGUUUGCAACAUUUUCAGCGACAACAUUGAUUGUCUUGUCUAAUGUCACUGCGCUGUCUAGUUCACUGUCAUUUUGUGCAGUAUGGGUGAUUUCCAUACAGCCCAGCUUUGCUUCACUUCCUUUUAUAGAUAUGAGGCAUUCUGUCAUGUGUGGCUUUGUCUUAGUGACUUUAAUAAAUAACGUGAAAACAUGAACUCAUUUUGAAUAUACAGGAUUUAAAGUCAUGAGUUUGUUUACACCCGAUUCUAAAUCUUAUGAGAUUUGUGUAGAAUGACAAGAGGAUCACUGACUAAUAUUUGAAUCUUUACAGCUUCCUCCGUCAUUUCCUCUCACCCAAGCAACUGUACCUUUUCCAAAAAUUAUCCUCUCAGACAGAUUAUACAUUAAAUCCCAUUUUAGAGGAUGGCUAAACGGCUGUACAUGUGAGGAUUGAGUUCCAAGUAGUAUAGUAUAAUAGUGGACUGGUAACCUUUUGGGGGGUUUCUCUCUUCCACCCUCUUCCCCCCGGUAGACAAAGUGAUUGAAAAAUUCAAUGUAAUAAUCUUUUUGAAAACUCUCGAAAUGUUUUCCGAGAUAAAAAAAGAAGAUUUUGCUGCUCCAAGUCAUGAAAUUAGCUCAGCUACUUACUGUCGCUCUGCAUCUGUUUACAACUUCAACUUUGAAGUCGCGUAACGUCAAGUGCCAUGUUGUGUACAGUACAGUGUGAUCAAUCCCUGCAAUUGUCCUACAGCUUUUCACAUUCCUCAACUGUAAACUGUGUGAGGAGGGAAAGGCUCAGCCAAGUUGAGGAGUGAUACUUCUUAUGCAGUUCUGCUUUGUUCCACUAGAGGAGGCUAGACACUUGUCCGUCUGAAUCGCUCAGGGAAGACUUAAGUUGCUCAGCUACUUUUUCUAUAUUCAUCACUUAAAUAUUCUGUGGAAGUAUUUACCUGAAUUUCACUUACUGAUAACUGACCCUUUCACCCUAAGCACAAAGGGUUAGAGAUUAUAUUGUUUGCCAAUGUUUACUUUGCCAGUGUUUUCUUUUGCCUCUCAGUAUCAAUAUUGGCUUUGCUAUGCCUGUUUCUAUGGGAAAGGGCUGGGCACUACUGUGUGUAAAAGCAGUAUUGUGAGUAUUGAACUAACGUCAAAGUGAUACUCCCUGUUUCCUAUCGAGUGUCUAUAGAGCACUUCUGCAGUGGCCAAUUGCACUGCACUAAUUCCUACCCCAUCACUGCCAGCAGGUGCACUCUGCCCCCCCCCCCCCCACCUCCAACUUUCCUUCACCUCAUCCUCCCUGCAUCCUGCGUCAUGCAUGCGAUAUAGUCUCUCUUGUGAUGGCGGAGGAGUAUUGAUGAUUAUGUAGUUGUGAUACAACACACCCAGCGCUGUAAGAGUUCUGCACAUGCCCACUGUGUGGCCACGUCAAGUGCUGAAGUUUGCUUGCAGCAUUUUACUCGUUUUGUUCAUGAAAAUUAAUUCUUGUUUGAUAGAGAUCAUAUUAUUAUUACGACUAUUAUUGUUAUUACCACAUCGGGUUGUUGUUGUGGUAUUUUAUCCUCGGUAUAUUCUAUGACAGCUUCUUUGUUUUGAAUUUGAGAAUUUGCUGAAACUGUUUGAAUUUUUUAUUAGACAAGAAAGUGUCUCAUUAUUCUAUAUUAUGUGGGGGGAAAACCCUGUUUGUUGAUUGUUAAACAUAUGAUAAACUGAUGUUUUCUGACUAUUCAUGUCUGUAUUAGACAUUUUAUUUGCGAAUCUAUUGUUCGAUUGAAAUGUAAAUGAAUUAUUAAGAGAUGGUACACAUCCGUCAUUGUAUACAGUCUGGCACCAUCAUUAGAUGGACUUGUAGUAUAGACGCUCAUUUAUACAACCUGUGAUUACCAGAUAUUUUUAAAUGUUUAAGUCAUUGGGGGCAGUUUUUGUAACGUUUCAGAAUGAGGAAAAUAAAUUCCUUAAGAGACAGCAUAUCUAAAAUGUCCCCGUGAUGAAUAAUACUGUUACGUAUUCCAUUUAUUUCCUUGGAAAUAUCACAUUGUGAAAGGUUUCCCUUUUACUGUCUUUACGGGAAUGCAGGACUGGAGCGGGUCAAACCUACGAUGAGAAUGAUUUAUGUGCUAUCGAUGAAACUGUUUGAGAAUUUGUUUGACCGAGCAGCAUCCUGCGUCUGUGUUGCACUGAGAGAUGGAAUUAUGAAAAGGCACUUGAAAUUGCAUGCCACAAUAAACCAACAGCAAAUUAUGUUUC